AUGAAGAUAUUCACAGCGCCGUCUUAUGGAUAACGAAUCUCGUACGAAGAGAGACCCUAACGAAUUGAACGUCAUGCAGAUCGUGAGGUCGGAGAUCGUCGAAUGAAAACAGUGACUUCUUCCAUAUCGGUUCAAGGAGGUUCUCUGGCUAAAGACUCGCGUCGCAGCUGGUAGUCUCAUCGAUAAAGAAACAUCUUGAUUUCGUGCAAUUUUUCAUAAGCAAAGAAAUAUACACGAAAGGGAUUGUUUGCUGGAAAAUUAGUGGAGUAAUGCAGAUCAAAGAUAAACGAGUUAUAAUAACUGGAGCAGCAAGUGAUGUGGGUCUGGCAUUUAGUAGGGAGCUGCUGCGAAAUGGCGCUUUGAUGAUAGUUAUGAUCGAUAUAAAGCAAUGGAUUGGAGAACAAGCUGUAGAGAGUUUAAACAAUGAGUUUGGCCGCAAACGAGCUAUAUUUCUUUGCUGCGAUGUAACAAAUAAUUCCGAAUUUGACACCAAGUUGAAAGAGGCAAUCAGCAUUCUCGGUGGACUAGACAUUUUAAUAAACAAUGCAGGCGUAAUAAAUGAAACUGACUUUUCCAAAGCUAUCGAUGUUAAUGUUACAGCUGUAAUUCGUGGGACUCUUCUGGGGAUUCAACAAAUGCGAAAGGAUUCUGGUGGCAAGGGUGGUAUUAUCGUAAAUAUUUCGUCUAUUGCCGGAUUACGAGCUGUAUCUCAACUUCCAGUAUAUUCUGCUACAAAACAUGCCGUAGUUAGUUUCAGCCGUUCCUUUGCGCAACCUUAUCAUUAUGAAAGGACUAAUGUAAAAGUAAUUGUUCUGUGUCCCGGUUUGACCGACAUUUCAGAAGUAUCGCAGAAUAUUUCAAACGUUAAUAGUUUGCAGAAAGAUCGACAUCAGAAGGUGGAGAGUGUUGCUCAUGGAUUGAUAUACGUAAUUCGAUGCGCACAGAACGGCAGUGUGUGGAUUAGCGAGGAUGGAAAACCGGUUUUUGAGGUGCAGCUUCCCGAUACUUUGCCGCAAAAAACUGAAGUCGAUGCACAGAACUAGCUGCUAAUAUAAAAUUGAUCGCAGAUUAAAUAUUGUUAUAAUUUACU